GAUGAAUGAGGUGCUGUAGCUUUAAGAGCGGAAACAGCUCCUGUUCGCUCCUCCACCCUCACUCCCUUCCCUUCUGUUCAAUGACGCUCUAUCGCUUUCACCGAACGAGACACGAACCAACUACAGGUUGUUUGACUCAGAAAAUGAUGGGCCAGGUGUGAUCUUUGUAUAUUUCACACAGUCUCUUUCACCAACCCCUGCGUUCUCUGUCAAGAUGGCAUCAUGUGUUUCCGGCUGCUCUCCAGUGGUGAGGUUCUGUCAGAAGCUGAACCGGCUAAAGACGUUGGAGGACGACAUGAUGGCAACUUCACUAAAACGCUGUCUGUCCACAGUGGACCUCGCGCUGCUUGGUGUUGGUGGCAUGGUGGGUUCAGGCCUGUAUGUUCUCACGGGAACCGUUGCUAAAGACACUGCAGGACCGGCUGUAGUGGUGUCUUUCAUCAUAGCCGGGGUGGCGUCUCUCAUGGCAGCACUGUGUUAUGCUGAGUUUGGCGCCCGUGUACCAAAGACAGGCUCCGCCUACAUGUUCACUUACGUCUCUGUUGGGGAAAUCUGGGCAUUCCUGAUUGGCUGGAAUGUCAUUUUAGAGUAUAUGAUUGGUGGGGCGGCAGUAGCGCGUGCAUGGAGUGGAUAUCUGGACUCUAUUUUCAAUCAUCGCAUUCAGAACUUCACCGAGACUCAUGUGAUGCGUUGGGAUGUGCCCUUCAUUGCUAAUUACCCAGACCUCUUAGCAGCCGCCAUCCUCCUAGUGGCUUCCUUUUUCAUUUCAUUUGGUGUUCGUGUCUCAUCUUGGCUAAACCACAUCUUCUCAGCCAUCAGUAUGGCAGUCAUUGUUUUUAUCUUGGUGUUUGGCUUUGUACUGGCCGACUCAGACAACUGGAGCAGUCGGGAGGGAGGCUUUGCCCCCUUUGGACUUUCAGGUAUUCUGGCAGGAACUGCAACAUGCUUCUAUGCCUUCGUUGGCUUUGAUGUGAUAGCGGCUUCCAGCGAGGAGGCCAGCAAUCCUCAGAGGGCUGUUCCUGCAGCGACGGCAAUCUCACUAGGCCUGGCAGCCACAGCAUAUGUCCUGGUGUCCACGGUUCUUACCUUGAUGGUUCCAUGGCAUACGCUUGACCCAAACUCGGCGCUCUCUGAUGCGUUCUACAGACGAGGAUAUAGCUGGGCCGGGUUCAUUGUGGCUGUGGGAUCCAUCUGUGCCAUGAACACGGUGUUGCUUAGCAACCUCUUCUCCCUUCCACGGAUCGUGUAUGCCAUGGCAGAGGAUGGCCUUUUCUUCUCUGUCUUUUCCCGUGUAAACCCUGUAACCAAAGUCCCGGUGAUCGCAAUUCUAGUAUUUGGCAGCCUUAUGGCAAUCCUUGCCCUCAUCUUUGAUCUGGAAGCUCUGGUCCAGUUCCUCUCUAUUGGCACUCUGCUUGCUUACACUUUUGUAGCGGCCAGCAUCAUAGUGCUCCGCUUCCAGCCGGAUAAAAGCGGUGGGAGCUCAGGAGGAGGUGGAAUCAAGACAGACGCUUCAUCCACAUCUUCAGUGAACCAGUCAGGCCAGCCGGUGGAUCCGCCUGUGGUGACGAAUGAGACCCAGACCUUUGCGCCGGACGGUGGAGAGCUGAAGGAGUAUGAGUCCUUCUCUGAUAAACUUCAGUUGGUGGAGCGGGAGAAGUCAGUGAAGGAGAGAGGGGCUCCAGGGACACUGAAGGCCUGCUGGGAGCCUUAUCUGGGCCGGAUAGUGGGGGGCUGUGAGCCAGGCGAGGUGGUGGCCUUCUCUGUGCUCGCUCUGAUGGUCAGUGGAGUCUGUCUUUGUGCUGUGCUGGUGUUUGGGAAUAACCAGCUCAAUCUGCCUGUGUGGAGCUUCACCCUGCUGCUGGUCAUCUUCAGUCUGGUCUUCCUGCUCAGUCUGGCUCUCAUCUGGGUCCAUGAACAGCAGCCCAAUCAUAAGACUUUUCAGGUCCCUCUGGUGCCAUUUGUUCCUGGCUUCAGCAUCCUUAUGAAUGUAUUUCUCAUGUUGAAGUUAAGUCCACUCACCUGGAUCCGUUUCGCCGUAUGGCUUGCAGCAGGUCUUCUGGUGUAUUUUGGCUAUGGUAUCUGGCACAGUAAGGAGGGUUUGCGGGAGAAGCAGGGGCAGGAAGUGGCAGCACGAUACGUGGUCCUUCCCAGCGGCAGCCUGGUGGAGACCGUCCAGAACGUCCAGCCUGAAGGACACACUCUCAGCACACACUCACCAACCCACGAUAAUCCACCUGCCAGCAGAUGAUCUGAUCACAGUGAGGUGUGUUUACAGUACACCUGCAUGCCUGCCUGUUCUGUUCCUCCUGAUUCAGUUUACUGACAACAUGUUAAGAUACGCUGUUUAUCAAAACGAAGGGUUAAAGGAAUAUUCUAGGUUCAGUAACUUGUCAAAUAAUGUUGGUUCCCACAAAAAAAUGAUUUGGACUUCCCUCAUUUCCUUUAAAAAAACAAUAGAGGUAAAUGAAACCCAUUUUGGAGCCGAAAUGUGUACCUUAUUAUUUUAUGAACGGUUAUUCUGUUAAAACUGUAUUACUUGAGCUGUAAAAAAUCUGAGCUGUCAUUGCAAAAAAGUUGUAAAAUUGUAAAUACCUUUUCAAAGAAAAGCGUUUUUGUUUAUAUCUUACGACUGUAAUUUUGAAAUGGUGAGGACCGAUUGGCCCAAUUCACUUACUUUGAAAGUAUCUCACUGUAAUCCAGAUUUGUGACAUUUUUUAAGAAAAUAAAUGAAGUGGAUUGUAAUUUUUGUGGUAAUCAACAUUAUGCCACAAAUGCUGUUAACUGGUCCUAACCUGAACUGACCCCAACAUAUUACUUUAAUAUUGUAUUUGAGCAACCAGUGUCAACGUCCUUGUUCACCAUCCUAAUCAAAUACGGCCGUUUAUUUUCUUUUUUGUGUAUACAAACACACACACAUGCACAUACUUUGCUGACCAUCAUUUUAAUUUAACAGCAGGCAGGAACUAUCAACAAAUCAAGUGAAUAUACUUAAAACAUUAUAUAUUUACACACCUAUUAUUUUUGCAGUCUGGGUCACAAACACACACUCCUUAAACACACACUAACCUCAGUGGCUCUGUUUCCACCAUCUUUCUCCAUAUUUUGUUUUCCUCUACUUCUCUGCACCUUAUAAAUAUUUAUUCUUAUAAUACAGUAUAACUGUAUUUUUAUUUAUUUUUCAGCAUAUACUGGAACCGAGAUCAUGUUUUAAUCAUGUUAACCUUUCAUGGUGAUUCUUUUCUGUUUGUCAUGUGUGUUUGUA